AAAUAGAAGCCCAGCCCUCAUGUUUUCAAAUACGAGACACUCCGUGGGGGAAGAGCGUGGUCCAACGAGGUUUGUAGACUGAGAAACAAUGGCUCGUACCAAGCAGACCGCGCGUAAAUCAACUGGAGGAAAAGCGCCAAGAAAACAGCUGGCGACUAAAGCCGCUAGGAAGAGCGCGCCCUCUACUGGUGGCGUCAAGAAGCCCCACAGAUACAGGCCUGGAACUGUUGCUCUGAGAGAGAUUCGUCGUUAUCAGAAGUCAACGGAGUUGCUCAUCCGCAAGUUGCCAUUUCAGCGUUUGGUUCGGGAGAUCGCACAGGACUUCAAAACUGAUCUGAGGUUCCAGAGUGCAGCCAUUGGUGCACUUCAGGAGUCGUGUAAGUAG